AACGAUGCCAACAAUAUAGCAUUUUUACGGAUAAAUUUAUUUAAUGAUAUAAUCGAAAGUGAUAAAGUCAGUUUAAAACAUAUGUUCCUUUUAUAUGUAGUAUAUAAAAGGGAUUGUUAUUAUAUUUAUUAUUACUUUAAUUUAUUUUUUUGGGUCAAGUAGCGCUCACGGGGAUUACUUUAAUUAUUUUACUCCUGGAAGAUAUACUUUUAGAUUAUUAUUUUGUCUCAAAAAAAUUGUAACAUGAAAAAAGUUAUUGUACUCUAUUCUUUCAAUAAAAUUGCACAAAUGAUUGGAAAUUUAUUUUACUCAAUUUUUUUAAUUAGUAAAAUUUAAAUCACCCGUGCAUCUCAAGGUCCAUGGUCUCGUAGAAAUAGAAUAGAAUUCAAUAAUGAACGUGAGGUUGUAUGUUGGAGCCACAAAUUUGGCGUUGAUGCGAUGAGAGGGAGCAAAGCAAACAAAUGGCAUGGUUGUAUCUCCAAACCCAUUGGAGUGGAGAGGAGAGGAGGGAGAGAGGGAAAAGGAAUCCAAACGCAAACACAGUUUAAUAUAUCAUUUUCUCUCUCUAGCAAAUUGAAUUGAAUUAAUAAUAAUAAUGCGGUGGUUUUCGCACUUGGUGGCAAACAUUCUUAUUCUCUCCUUCUUCAUGUUCCCAACAACAAAUGCCGAUGACAACAACGCCGCAUGCAAUCACGAAACGCAAUUGGUUAAAGUGAAGAAUUGGGUUGAUGGCAAAGAAGGCGACAUGCUUAACGCUAUGACCGCUAAAUUUGGCUCUAUUUUGCCUAAACUUGCCGAUCAAUCUCUCAAAUCUCCUCUCAUUUCUUCCAUUCCCGCUGACUGUUGUUCUCCUUCAACUUCCAAGUUAUCUGGAUCAGUUGCUGUUUGUGUUCGUGGUAACUGCGACUACACAACUAAAGCUACAUUAUCACAGUCAGUGGGUGCUACUGCUGUGUUGAUGAUAAAUGAGAAGCUUGUUGAGAUGGACUGCCCCAAGGAUACUACAGAAAAAAUAAACAUUUCAAUUCCAGUUGUCGAAGUAACAGAGGAAGUGAUAGAUAAUCUCAACAAAAUUUUGAAGUCUGGAAAAAAAGUGGAAGUUCUACUAUAUGCUCCAACUCGUCCAACUAUAGAUUUCUCUGUUGGAUGUUUGUGGUUGAUGUCUGUCGGAACAGUUAUAUGUGCUUCGUUAUGGUCAGACUUAACUGCUCGUGAUCAGCUUGAUGAACGCUAUAAUGAAUUAUCUCCCAAGGGAUCUUCCACUGCUGAAAGAGUGACAAAUGAUUCUGAAAACGAAAUUGUUAACAUAGAUACAAAGGGGGCUAUCAUCUUUGUCAUUACGGCUUCUACGUUUCUUGUGCUAUUAUUUUUCUUCAUGUCAUCUUGGUUUAUCUGGAUAUUGAUUGUACUUUUCUGCAUUGGUGGUGUUGAGGGGAUGCAUAAUUGUAUUGUAACUCUCACUUUAAGCAAACGUCCCAAUUUUGGUCAGAAGACUGUGAAUUUACCUAUGUUUGGAGAGAUUUCUAUUUUCUCACUGGUGGUGUUGCUAUUCUCUGUGGCAUUUGCGAUAAUAUGGGCUGCUACUCGACGAGAAUCAUUUUCAUGGUUUGGCCAAGAUGUUCUUGGUAUAUGUUUAAUGAUAACAGUGUUGCAAUUAGCUCGUUUGCCUAAUAUUAAGGUCGCAACUGUACUCCUUUGUUGCGCAUUUGUAUAUGACAUCUUUUGGGUAUUCAUAUCCCCGGUGAUAUUCCAGAAGAGUGUUAUGAUUACAGUUGCUCGUGGUGACAAAGCAGGUGGUGAAGCAAUUCCCAUGCUUUUGAGAUUUCCACGUCCUUCUGAUCCUUGGGGUGGCUAUGACAUGAUUGGAUUUGGAGAUAUUCUAUUUCCUGGUUUGCUUGUCUCCUUUACUCGUAGAUUCGACAAAGAUAAUAAGAAGGGGGUAUUUGAAGGAUAUUUUAUUUGGCUGGUAAUUGGCUAUGGCUUUGGCCUCUUUUUAACAUAUUUGGGAUUAUAUAUGAUGAAUGGUCAUGGACAACCUGCCCUACUCUACCUUGUUCCAUGUACGCUAGGAGUCACUGUGAUAUUGGGAUGCAUUAGAGGUGAGAUGAAGUCUCUUUGGAAUUGUAAUGCAGACUCAAGUUCAUCUAGCGAGCCUACAAAAGUUUGAAUCAUCACGUUGUUCAAUGAAACUGGGAAAAUGAUCAAAGAUACAUCGAUAUAAAACUUAAUGACAUGUGAAUUAUUCAAUGGGUAUGGGAAAAUUACCAGGUGUACAGGUUACUCCAUUCUUGGGCUUUCAUGAAUAUCUCUUGUAAUUAAUAAUAAUUAAUCAAUGAAAAUUAACUUUCUUUCUU